AGACAACAUAAAGAAGGAAGAAAGAGUGCUCGAUUGUUGAGAUGUAGUGAGAACAACUGUUUCUUCGCAUAGAUAGAUACACUGACGCUAUAUCUACACAUACGAUGUCGACGAGCUUCAACAGCGGCCCUCGUAGCCCUGCUACGAGCUCCAGGCUACAGUUAGGAGGCGUUGGUGGUAUCUCCAGGGCUAUGAGAUCUUCUUCGUCCAAGAAACCGCCGGAGCCUCUUCGCCGCGCAAUCGCCGAUUGUCUCUCUUCUUCUCUUCUAUCCGUCCAGGGCAGCUCUUCAGCCGUUGUAUCCGAAGCUUCCAGGACUCUUCGGGACUAUUUAGCAUCUCAUGCAACUACUGACCUGGCCUAUGGUGUGAUAAUAGAGCACACACUUGCAGAGAGAGAGCGAAGCCCUGCUGUAGUUGCAAGGUGUGUGGCUCUUUUGAAACGUUAUCUCCUGCGAUAUAAACCAAGUGAGGAGACCCUACUAGAAGUUGAUCGGUUUUGUUCAAAUAUAAUCAUGGAAUGUGAUAUUAGCCCAACCAGAAGACAAGCUGGUGGUUCAUCCUCUACUUUAAAUGUAUCAUCACCUUUGCCUGUUGCAAGUUUUGCUUCAGGUGCACUUGUGAAAUCACUAAACUACAUUCGUUCUCUAGUGGCUCAACAUGUUCCAAAAAGAUCAUUCCAACCCGCAGCUUUUGCUGGAGCCACUUCUGCAUCAAGACAGUCACUUCCAUCAUUAUCAUCUCUAAUGAGUAAAUCUUUCAAUUCCCAAAUUAGCCCUGGAAUCGGUAAAGAAUCUUCCGAGAACAAAGAAGGUUCUUCUGUUUCCGUUCUGGAUUCACCAAUUCCUGAAGAUAUUGAUGGAAUUGAAGGCGAUGAAUUCAUAGCCCGUGAUGUAUUCAAAUGGCGAUGGCAUGGGGACCCACAAUCAUCUUUGCUUUCUUCUGAUAGUCCUUUGAAUCAUCAAGACAUGAGUAAGCACAAUUUUCUUGAAGUAGGUGCUGCUGCCCUUCUUUUAGGGGACAUGGAAGCUAAAACAAAGGGUGAAUUUUGGAGAAAUUUUGGUAGCAUUGAUAUGCCUUACCUUGAUCAACUAUUACAGCCUUCAUUACUCACUACUGUAACAAAUUCCGCAUCUGCACGUGCUCAUUUGAGAGCAAUAACAGCUUCUAAACGUUCCAAAACAGGCCCUCAUCAGAUUUGGGAAGAUUCUCCUCUAACAACUUUCCGCCCUCGUUCUCGACCACUUUUCCAAUAUAGACACUACAGUGAACAACAACCAUUACGAUUGAAUCCAGAUGAAGUGGGAGAAGUUAUAGCUGCAGUUUGUUCAGAAAAACCUUCUCCAGUUCCUAAUAUGAUGACAAUCUCAUCUAAAUUAAGUAGCAGUAGUGGGAAGCCAUCAAUGGAUGUGGCUGUGAGUGUUUUAAUCAAACUUGUAAUUGACAUGUAUGUGUUGGACUCUGGGAUUGCUGCUCCACUCAUGCUAUCUAUGCUUGAGGAAAUGCUUAGUUCUUCACAGUUGACCUCAAAAGUUCGUGCUUUUGACUUAAUUUUAAACCUUGGGGUUCAUGGCCAUUUAUUGGAGCCACUUUUAGCUGAUGAUGCUUCCACCAUUGAAGAAGAAUACACUCAAGAACCAUACCUUGACAAAAACAUGUCCAUAAAGCAAGAUUACCUCAAGGCCCAAAGUUUAUCAGCAAUAAAUAACUUUGAAUCAUGGAUAUUGUGCAUUUUAUAUGAAGUCCUCCUCCUUCUGGUGCAGGCAGAAGAGAAGGAAGAAUCUGUGUGGGCUUCUGCUCUUAGUUGUUUACUAUAUUUUGUUUGUGAUAGAGGCAAAAUUCGUAGAAGCAGAUUAAGAGGUCUUGACAUAAGAGUUAUUAAAAUGCUUAUACAAAUUAGCAGGAGAAACUCAUGGGCAGAGUUGGUUCAUUGCAAGUUAAUCAACAUGUUAACAAACAUGUUUUAUGAAGUCCCUGAUGUGUCCACCACAUCUACACCGACUUUUCUUGUGGAUCAAGUUGAUGUAAUUGGAGGAAUUGAGUUUGUGUUCAUCGAGCUAGUGAUCUCCAACUCCAGAGAAGGCAGGAGAAAUUUAUAUCUGGUGCUUUUCGACUAUGUUGUUCAUGAAAUAAAUGAAAGCUGUAUAGCUAAUGGAAUUUCUGAAUAUAGCAAUGAUGAGAUACAGCCAAUCGCUUCCUUACUCACUCUUGCAGAUGCACCAGAAGCUUUACAUAUUUCUGUUAAACUUGGUAUAGAAGGAAUUGGUGAUAUUUUAAGAAGGUCCAUUUCUGCUGCUUUACCAAGAUACUCCAACAGUGAAAGACUCAAUAUGCUAUUGGAGAAAAUCAUGGAGAAAUUUGAUGCACUGUUAAGAUCAUUAACUCACCUGGACAAAGAAUUCAGUCAUAUGACAGAACUUACAAAAUCGUACAAAUACUUAGAGAGCUUUCAGGAAGGAUUUGUGAGAAACAGUUAUGCCUUAAAAGUGAAGCUUGCAUGGGCCACUUUACAUUCUCUUCUUCAUUCAGAACGUGCAGCCAUUCGUGAAAACGGUUAUGUAUGGUUAGGUGAUCUGCUUAUAGCAGAGAUAAACUACGAAGGGGAUUCCAUUUGGUCAAACAUAAAGAAUCUACAAAAAAGAAUCACACUUGCUUCUGUUAAAGAUUAUUCACCUGAAUUGGAUAUUCCACUACCCAUUUGGCUCAUGUGUGGACUUUUGAAGUCCAGAAACAAUCUUAUAAGAUGGGGCUUCCUUUUUGUUCUUGAAAGACUUCUCAUGAGAUGUAAAUUUUUAUUGGAUGAAAAUGAGUUACAACAUUCGGUUACAGUUACUAACGAAGCUCAUGGGAAAACACGUCUUGAUAAAGCAAAUGCUGUCAUUGAUAUUAUGAGCAGUGCUUUAUCCUUGGUGGCUCAGAUAAACGUCACAGAUCGUAUGAAUAUUUUGAAGAUGUGCGACAUUCUAUUUUCUCAAUUGUGUCUGAAAGUGAUACCUGGAAACACGUCCACAUCAGCAGACACAUUGCGUAGUUGCAAGAGUUUUAAUUACUCGGUUUGGAAUAAAAAGGCGAGCGUGAUGGAAGAUCUCCCUGUAAGAGAGAACUUUUGCUGGGAACCAGUGGAGGAUAGCAAGGGCAGAUUUGGAAUUAACAAAAAUAAUUCUGCCACCGCAGCAAGUAGUGAGACGGCAUCAAUGGCAGCAUUGCUUCUUCAAGGACAGGCGAUUGUUCCUAUGCAACUGGUUGCACGUGUGCCUGCUGAUUUGUUUUACUGGCCUUUGAUUCAACUGGCGGCUGCAGCUACAGAUAAUAUAGCACUUGGUGUUUCUGUUGGGAGUAAAGGAGGUGGAAACCUACCUGGCGCCACGUCAGAUAUUAGAUCCACUCUUCUUUUACUGCUGAUUGGUAAAUGCACUGCGGAUCCUGGUGCUUUUAAAGAAGUUGGUGGUGAAGAGUUCUUCAGGGAGCUAUUAGAUGAUACUGAUUCUAGGGUGGCUUACUUCUCUUCAACCUUCCUUUUAAAGAGGAUGAUGACUGAAGAAGCGGAUAAAUACCAACGUGGACUCUCGUCUCUUGUAUCCAGAGCUCAACAGAGUAACAAUGAGAAAUUAUUGGAGAAUCCUUACCUUCAGAUGCGUGGUCUACUUCAGUUAUCAAGUGAAGGACUAUGGAAUUAGAUUGCAUAUUAAAUUAGUAUUUUCCAUUUUUGAGAGAGUCCCCUUUUCUUGAGUUGAGAAUCAAAGCUGAGUGAAGCUGGCAGUGGGUGAAUCACAAAGUCAAAGAUGGUUGUUAAAUUGGUCAAAAUACCCGGACUGGGAGAUCUCAAAUUGAUUGGUUUUCUGUUGAAAUGUUGUGUGGUUGGUUUGGAUUGUUGAUGUGCAAAAGGCCUUGAUCCUGAGAUGAAAUUUUUGAGAGCGGUGGGUGGGUGGGUGUGUCUGUUUCUGUUCUGUUGUGGAAAUAAAUAAAUACGCAAAAUACAUACAUAUAUGUCAACUUGUACACAUCCGUUCAAAGUAUCGAAUAACCCAUACUCUCCAGUUGAACGCAUGCAGUGUGUUGGGCCGAGGAUUUGUGUUUAUUAAUGUACAAGAGGAGAGGAGAUUUGAAAGUUGGCAUGUGUGAAGGUGGGUGUUGUUAAUUAAGAAUAAUCAUCUCAAGAUUUUGGUCUCAGGAUAUGCUUCAAUCAAAUCAAAGUAAAAGUAUAUAAACAAACGUUGGAGUUCAUUCAUAAAUUGUACAAGCACAAGUUGAAUUAUUGAAGGGGUCAGUCAGGUCAUGGCAAGGUGCAUCUGGUAAAUAUCCUGUUAUUUAUGGAAGACAUUAGAUACAUAUGUGUAAAUGUAUGUUUUUUGUUGCUUUUCUUCUUAGGUUCCCUCCCUUCCUCCCUCAACAUUUUUGUAAUACAUAGUUGCACAAUUUCACCCCUCAAAUGUAUAUACAUUUUUUGUUACCA